UCUAAGGAAAAUGAUAUAAUAAACUCGUGGAACCCUAACGAAAAGUGAAAAGGAACGGAUAGCACCUCAGUCGCCGUUUACUUCCGAUUUCCAACUUCCCGCGAAUGGUCGUCUCGACGAAACAAAAACAAAUGUAUUAAAAAAAAAGUUUAAAAAAAUGUGCGCAACGAAUUGUUGUUAAUUACAAAAAUGUGUGAACGGAACGUGAUUAAAAGUGACAGACUGGCCGGCGCGUUUAUUACGAUAAAAAAAUAAAAACUUUUUAAAAAUGGCCGAUUUUAAAUUUAGAAUCGCGCGCGGUUUUGUGGUGUUCAGAACUCUUUUGUUAUUUUCUGUGAUAGUGGUAGUGUUGUCUUCGGGGACGGAGAAUGAUGUUUUGACGUUACAAGACGAUUUAGAAUUAAAAGAAGAGUUACCAUCAGAUAGAAGAAGGCCGGCUAAUGAACAAGAGAAGGAUAUAUUACUUCUAGAUGCAUUAGGAAGAAGGAAGGGAUACCAUCACAACUCAUAUAGUUCGUCGUCGUCGCAGGAAGAUGACUCCAUAAUGGAUUUAUUGGGUAAAAUGAUCCCGCAAACGUGUCGUUACCGCGGUGUGAGGUACGCAUGCGGACUCAGCAUAUCAUGCGUGCUGGGUGGCGGGAAACCGCUAGAUUUAUGCUCAGGUGGUAUGAUCUGGGCAUGCUGUGUCGACAGAGACACUACCGAAAGACCCAGCGAACUAGCGCCAGUAGUCCACAAUGCCAGUGACCUUAUAGAACUCAUCGGUACAUUCCCCCACGAAAACUACGACUACCAAAACACAAACCAAUUCGAAGACCCGAUCAUCAUCUACGCAGACACUAACCGACCGAAACCGCACCACAACCGGCCCAAACCGGCCACUAACCCAGAACCGGAUCAGAACCACCCGAAACCGGAUUGGGAGUACAAUCAAAACCAUUAUUUUCACGUGAAACCGUCAUACCACGAGAGCACGACCACAAAACCGACACAGGACGACUUUUACACCCCGGACCAUUAUCCGGGUCAAAAUAACGCAGACGGUGGUGAUGAUUAUGUACCCGUGCACACAAACGGUCACAAACCGACACAGAGACCUAGUUAUCCGGGCUGUGGAGAACACUUCACUAGAUCCAACAGGAUUGUGGGGGGUCAUUCGACCGGGUUUGGAUCGCAUCCGUGGCAGGCGGCGCUGAUCAAGUCCGGUUUCUUGAGCAAGAAGCUGGCUUGUGGUGGUGCUUUGGUCUCGGAUAGAUGGGUAGUGACGGCGGCGCAUUGUGUUGCCACAACACCAAAUUCCCAACUGCGCGUGCGUCUCGGUGAAUGGGACGUCCGGGACGCUGGGGAGAGGUAUUCCCACGAGGAGUACGCGGUUCAAAGGAAGGAGGUACACCCCGCAUAUGAACCGGCCGACUUCAGAAAUGACGUCGCCCUAGUGCAGUUGGAUCGUAGUGUCGUAUUCAAACAGCAUAUAUUGCCUGUAUGUUUACCGCAAAAGCAAGUGAAGUUAGCUGGGAAAAUGGCCACAGUGGCCGGCUGGGGGAGGACGAGACACGGACAAAGCUCAGUCCCUUCAGUAUUACAGGAAGUGGACGUAGAAGUGAUACCAAAUGAGCGGUGCCAACGAUGGUUCCGCGCAGCUGGUAGGAGGGAGACCAUACAUGAUGUAUUCCUCUGUGCAGGAUACAAAGAGGGUGGUCGAGAUUCCUGCCAGGGUGACUCAGGAGGUCCCCUCACCAUGAAAUUGGAAGGUCGGAGUACCCUUAUCGGCCUCGUAUCAUGGGGCAUCGGCUGCGGCCGGGAACACUUACCCGGAGUGUACACCAACAUACAAAAGUUCGUGCCCUGGAUCGAUAAAUUGAUCAACCCUUAAUUUUUAAUUGUCAUUUCAUGACAAUUGUUGCUAAUA